AUGCCCAUCACCGAACUCGCCUGUCUCCGCCUCAAGGCCACAGAUCCAUCACCCACCAAGAAAGACCAGCUCAAGCAAGCCCAGAAAGCACAAUCAGAGUACUCCGGGUACCCAGCUCGAUUCUUCAGACAAGUUGAAGAUCCGGAAAUAUGCUAUAUCGUUGGAGGAUGGGAAUCCGUGACCGUGCACACCGAGGAAUGGAUUACGUCGGAGACGAAUCAGAAGAACUUAGGACUUUUGAAGGAUGAUGUUGCCGUUGCGUGGAUGUUUCAUCUAGAUAUUGAUAUUUUCGUUUUUUAUAACUUGAACUUGACCGCGCUGACUCGCACUCUAAAGCCCUCUACAUCCCCGAUUCCACUCGAUGCACCUGUCAUCGCUAUAAGUCGGUUUUUCGUUGAGCCGGCGAAUAAGGAUGCAUUUGAUGCGGCCUCCAAAGCCGGGGUUCCUCAUCUGGGGGCUUAUACGGCUCCAUUUGCGUAUUCUGGGGGGUUGGAGAAUUGA